AUGGGUCACGCAGCCGGUCUCCGGGCUGGAACGCGCUAUGCGUUCAGCCGUGAUCACCGCAAGAAGGGUAUGAUCGCUCUGGGAACAUACAUGAAAACCUACAAGGUCGGAGAUAUCGUCGACAUCAAAGCCAACGGUGCCGUCCAGAAGGGUAUGCCCUACAAAGUCUACCACGGUAAGACCGGUGUCAUUUACAACGUGACCCGAUCCGCCGUCGGCGUCAUCAUCUACAAAAAAGUCGGCAACCGAUACCUGGAGAAGCGAGUGAACGUCCGCGUCGAACACAUCAACCACUCCCGAUCAAGAGACGAAUUCUUGAACAGAGUCAAGUCCAACGCCGCCAGCCGCAAAGCCGCCAAGGAGAAGGGUGAGAGCGUCCAGCUGAAGCGUCAGCCCGUUGGGCCCCGGGAUUCCAGAGUCAUCGAGUUCACCGAGGUCGAGAGCCUGGCUCCUCAACCAUACGAUACCCACAUUUAA